CUAAAUUAUGAAGUUCCAUUAUUAGUAAUUGAAAAUAUAACUGUAAUGAAUUGGCCCUAUCACGAAUAAUAUACCAAUUAUUGCUCGGCAGAAAGGAUUCUCAUCGACUGUUGUUGGAAUUAUUUUAACAGUAUUACUUUUACUGGCAACAAUCUCCAAACCAAUUUUUGGUUGGUUAGGUGAUCGUUAUAAAAUACAUAAACUUAUUUUUAUACUUAUGCAAGGUGUAACAGCAAUAGCACUUUUCGGCAUCUUUUUCAUCCCACCAAUUUCGACUGAAGUUUUACUCAUACAAAAUUAUAACAAUACCACCGAAAUAUAUUUUUGCCCAAACGAGCCAAUUUGGGACAAUUGUUUGAGUAAACGGAUUGAGGAAUAUAGUUCAAAAAUUAUCACAUGUCAUCUAAAUUGUAAAAUCGAAACUUGGAUGAAAACCGUUUUUUGUACAGAAAAUAAUGAGAAAAUAAAGUGUGCUUCCAAUUCUGAUUCUUUUGAAUAUGAUAUGCAAUUAGAUUUGGCAACUUUAAGUAUUGAUUCCAGUUGUUUACAUAUUAAAGAGCAUCCCAAGUAUUACAAAAUUAAUGACUCAUUAGAAAUAGCAAAAAAUUUUCAAAUAUAUGAUAAACCAAUUGAGAUUAAUUGUGAAAUAGUAUGUGAAGACGAAUUUAUAAAAAGUACUUUAGCAAACAGAGGUGCUAUAGCCGAUAAGGAAGUUGUUCAGAAAAUGGAAUUUUGGUUAUUUUGUGUAUUACUUUUAUUUGGAUUUUCAGCAAUUUCUGUGGUCAAUAGUAUGGGUGACACAAUAUGUUUCGAAUUGUUGGGCGACGAUGUUGAACAGUUUGGAAAGCAAAGAAUGUGGGAUGCAAUUGGUUCAGGUGUGGUCUCACUUUUAGUUGGAGUAAUAAUUGAUAAAACUUCUGGAACAUCAGUUUUCAAAAGCUAUACAGUUCUUUAUUUUCUAUGUUUAGUAACAAUCAGUCUUGAUAUGGUUUGUUGCAUAAAACUACAAAGUUCACAGAAUGAGAAAUCAAAAAAUAUUUUGUCAGAUGUUGGAAAACUAUUUAAAUCUCCAAGUAUUUCGACAUUUUUCUGUUGGUGUUGUUUUAGCGGGUUUUUUGAAGCAAUUAUUCUAAACUUUUUAUUUUGGUAUUUAGAGGAGUUGACAGAUGAAAUUGGACAAAAGGAAUGUGUUGAAAAUUAUGUUAAAACAUUAGAGGGACUAGAUAUCUUUGUUCAAACCUGUAUUGGUGAAAUUCUAUUCUUCUUUUUUUCUGGAUAUAUUUUUAAAAAAAUUGGUCAUAUUAAUUGUAUGCAUCUAGUAUUAGCAGCUUUUGCUAUUCGAAUGUUUUAUUAUUCUUUGAUGACAAAUCCGUGGUGGGUAUUACCGGUAGAAGUGCUUAAUGGAAUAACUUAUGGUUUGUUUUCUGCUACAAUGUCUUCCUAUGCUAAUAUAAUUGCUCUACCUGGAACAGAAGCUACAUUACAGGGUUUAGUUGGCAUUCUUUAUGAAGGAGUUGGACUGUCGUUAGGAAAUUUUGGAGCUGGAACGCUUUUAAGUGUUAUUGGUGGAAAAAAUACCUUUAUUGUUUUCGGAAUUGUAGCAGUCAUUGCUUUAUUAAGUCACGUAAUCAUACAUAUACUUUUAAGGACAUUUAACAAAGAUAAAAAUAAAGUGUCAGAUGAAAUACCAGUUGGAUAA